ACCGUGCUUUUCGGGCACAACUACUACUAUAGUGAGACUUAACGGCAGGCUGCGACAUUGCGACAGAUAUGUCCUCACCAGAUAUCCGCCUCUCACAGCGCCAGGCUCUAGAGAGAGAAGCCCUUCGGCUGCUGCUCGCCCUUCAGAGCGUGCACGCUCGCAUCAACCAGCUCACUCCAAUAUUCAAACUUCCAUCCGAAAUCCUCCUUCGCAUCUUCUACAUCUCCUCUUGCAUCGAUGUGCCGUGCUCUUUUGGCCUCGGCUGGAUUCAAAGUACCACCCAUGUAUGCCGACUGUGGCGCCACGUCGCCCUUGAGAGUGGCACUCUCUGGGCGAAAAUCUGUACGGAUAUCGGUGCAGACUGGGCCGCAGAGAUGUUUCGUCGCGCUCGCUCUGCACCCGUGGACAUCAGCAUGAAUAAAGUCAAAUUUUCCGUCGACGACUUUCUGUUUGAGCAUCUUCAAUCUCCCGACAAUAUGCGCAACGUCCGCACUCUCAACCUUGUCGGUCCUAGCAGACUUAUUGAAGGCCUUUGUACACCCGCACCAUCGUUAGAGACGCUCUACUUUAACUCCAGACGUUCAGAGCUUGGUGUCACGGUGGACUCGGAGAACCUCGCGACCCUUCCCGCACAACUUUUUAGCACACACGCUCCCAGACUCCAGCGGGCCAAAUUCAUAGAUUGUCGCAUUCCUUGGGAGAGUCUAGUGUUCCAGCAAAACCUCGUCUCCCUUACUGUCAUUAUUCCGCGUCAUAAUCCUGAUGC